AUGCUGAACUUGAGCUCGGAUAGCUGGCCAGAUCGCGAGCACGAACUCAAGCUCGAUCGACUUAAGCUCCAAUGGCCUGCUCGAGCUCAGCUUGUCGCGAUGGAUGCAAGCUUGAGGAUCUACCAGAGCUACUGCGAGGCAAUGCAGGAGUUGUCGUUGGUGAUAGCAGAGCUGCUAGGGAUGAGUCUCGCCGGAGACCGGAAAUGGUACCGCGAGUUCUUCGAGGACGGGAAGGCGAUCGCACGCUGUAAUUACUAUCCUCCAUGCAAGCAGUCGGAGCUCACGCUGGGGACGGGCCCACACGCCGAUCCCAACGCAUUCACGAUCCUGCAGCAGGAUGAAGUCUCCGGCCUCGACGUGUUCACCGGCGGGAGGUGGAGCUCCGUUCCUCCCGUCCCCGGCGCCCUCGUCAUCAACGUCGGCGACACCUUCGAGGCGCUGAGCAACGGAGAGUACAAGAGCUGCCUCCACCGGGCGGUGGUGAACCCAGACAAAGAAAGAAGGUCAAUCGCCUACUUCGUGAGCCCGAGGCUUGAUAAGGUCAUCCGCCCACCGCCGGAGCUCAUCGCCGGCGUCGAUGGCGACGGCAACGGAGAUCGUAGGAAGUUCCCAGACUUCACCUGGUUGCAGCUGCUGGAGUUCACUCAGACUCGCCACCGCGUAGACGACGAGACACUGCGCUUUUUCGUCGACUACCUCCGCUCCGCGCCGGGGGCUAACUGAACUUCGACGGGAGUUGUUUCAAUUGUCGUAAUCAGAUUGUUAUAAAUUAUAUUAA